UAGACAAAGAGCCCCAAGUGCCCAACCAAAGCAGAAUAUCACAAGUCGAUAAGCAGAAAGCGGUUAGCAGCCAAGGAGAAGCAGCUAUGGAAGCUCUUUGUCCCUCACUAACCACCAUUUAUUUUGCGAGCAAAUUCCCACUCAACUCUCCUAAACCAUUCCCCCAAAUUGUCUCUCUAGACGCGAACAGGUUUCCCGUCUGGGUCCGGAAGAACGAAAGCAAGAACCACUCGAACCUUUCCUUAACGUCUUCAGUGUCUUGCAUUUGUUUAUCCACAACUGGAAUUGCAACUGCAGCUUCAGCUUCCUUCGUUUCUUCUUCUUCUUCCUCAACAACUGACAACAACUAUUGGAUGGUGCUAAUGGCUAAGCCUCCAGAAGCGGUCAGUUCCAAACCACAAAUCAUUGAUUACUAUGUUAGCACUCUGGAAAGAGUUUUGGGCACUGAAAAGGAGGCUCAGAUGUGUAUAUAUGAUGCUUCUUGUGAUACCCACUUUGGUUUUUGCUGCCAUAUUGAUGAACAAGCUUCCCGUGAACUUGCUUGUUUACCUGAGGUUUUAUCGGUUAAGCCAGACCCUGAGUACAAUUCUGAGAAAAAAGAUUACACCGCUUCAAACAUUGAGGUCACUAACAUAUUCAAUUCAGGAGUAGCAAGUUGGCAGUUGUUUCCUGCUGGGAACACCAAACACUGGCUUGUUCGAAUGGACAAGCCAGGCGUUGAGGUUGUUACAAAGGCCCAAAUGGUUGAUUACUAUACUCAAAUAUUGACCAAGGUUUUGGGAAACGAGAAAGAUGCCCAAAUGUGCAUAUAUCAUGUAUCUUGGCAAUCCCAUUUUGGUUUCUGUUGUGAACUUGAUGAAGAAUGUGCACAGGAACUAGCUGGUGUGCCUGGAGUUCUAUCUGUUGAGGUAGAUAGGAAUUUCGAUUCAGAGAACAAGGACUUUGGAGGUAAUAAUUUACAGAGUUCUACAAAUCUGCCAGAAACUUCAGAAUCUAGUGAAAUGAUCACCACAAGAACGAAGAAACUUUUCAUAACAGGUCUGUCAUUUUACACAUCUGAGAAAACAUUGCGUGCACAUUUUGAAGGUUUUGGUGAGCUUGUUGAAGUUAAAAUUAUAAUGGACAAGAUUUCUAAAAGAUCUAAAGGAUAUGCAUUUGUGGAAUACACCACAGAGAAGGCUGCAAGUGCAGCACUUAAGGAGAUGAAUGGCAAGAUAAUAAAUGGCUGGAUGAUAGUUGUUGAUGUUGCCAAGAGUAAACCACAGAACUUCAGCAGAGGUCGCCCCAGAACAACACUCUGACCAGGAAGAGAAGGAAGGAGGAGGCAUUGGGAUGAAGUUGAGGUAGAAGAUGGUGAAGGGAAUCAAUGCCCUCCUGGCUACUACCAGAACAAUUUUGCAGAUGGACUACUGAAAUUUUCAAGCACUUUAUCGAAAUCAGCUCGUGUGAUAGGUGGCGGUAGGAUCUGCAUAAUCAUCAAUUCCCAAUGAAUGCAUAUCAGUUCAUUUCCAAACGAUGCAGCGUCGAAAGGAGUCACUUGAAUGCAAGAUUUUAUUCUGUUAUUUUGUUAUAUUUUAUGAGUGAAACUGUAAAUUUUAUAUGGGUUUAGUUUAGUUAGGCUGUUUAUACAGUUAAUCAUUUUCUCUUAUUUUCCAAGCAAUAGGGUUCAGGGUUUAACUUAUAAAUACAUAUGUUGUUGUUUCAGUUUCUAGCAGGUUUUUGGAUGAUAACUUAUAAAUACAUAGUUAGUUAGACUUUGGAUUACUGAAUUUCA